AUGGAGUCAUCGAAUGUUUUGAUCUUCACCGAAGCUGUAGCGAACAAAUAUGAUUCUAUCAUUCAACAGAACAGAAUCGUCAUCGUUGCUGAUGAAUUAGAUGUUCAUGGUUGUCAGCACAAGGAAAGUUACCCUGCGCGAGAUGGCUUUUUUGUGCAACGUAGAAAUUCCCAUACGCGGUGUCUCAUUGACUUGUUCGCUGUAAAUGCCGAACGGUGGUGUACGCCUGCAUCCUUUCGUAGAUUGGUUGUCACUUAUGUCACGUUAGGCUUACGUUUUGCAGAAAUACGAACUGGAGCGGACACGUUGUUUUUGCGCAGGGCGCGUUGCGGAAUUAUGCUGCCCCGCUUCACGUACCUUCGAUGA